ACGGAGCUCCCACUCACACCUCCCCGGUAUAAAACCCCGGCCCGCCGCAGCCCGCGCACACCUGGGACAGCCCGUGCUGCAGCUCCCCCGGACCCUGCGGCAGAGGAGAGACCCCCGGAGAGAGAGAGAGAGAGAGAGAGAGAGAGAGACCCCCGAGGAGCCGCGAGCAGCAGGAUGGGCCAGUGCAACUGCCGCAAGAAGCGCAAGGACUGCCAGGAGCUCACGGACGUGGAACGGGCCAUCGAGACCGUCAUCAGCCAGUUCCACUGCUACGCAGUGAAGGGGCAGAAGGAGUACCUGACCCCCAACGAGAUGCAGGAGCUGGUGGUGCAGAAGCUGCCGCACCUGGGCAAGUGCGUGGGACCCCUGGAAGAGAAGAUCGAAUGCAUGGGAGACCCUAACGAGGCCAAGCUGGAGUUCGGAGAGUACUGGGACAUGAUGGGGGAUGCGGCCAAGGGCUGCCGGAGGAAGUAGAGGGUGGUGGGGGACGGGAAGGCGCCCGAGGCCUCAGGCUCUGCUCCUGGAAGCGCGAGAGGCCGCUAGGCCCGGGGGAUACGCCUGGGAAAAAGUGACCUCACUCCUGCCGGAGGAUUCCCCCUCCCCGGCUCCAUCCCUGCCCUCCUCGGCUCUCCUUCCCGUCAGGAUCGCUCCCUUCCCACCCCCAGCUCUGCCCCGUGCCCGGGGGGCACGGGGGGGGGGGGUUCCUGGCCCCGGAGCCGCCUCUCUCCGUGCGCCUCCACCCCCGGGCUCGUCCCACCUCCGGCCCCCGAAACCCUCCGGGUGCAGCUCCCCCAGCCCCGGAGCAUCGCAGCGAGAGGAGCUCGGCUCCUUUCCCCCAACCCCCCUCGGAUGUGGGGGCUUGUCCCCCCAGCCCCGUGCCCUGUCACCCUGUGGCACCUCCGGGGGCAGCCCGGGCUCCCCCGCAGCUGCGGGUGGGUGCACGCGGCCCGGGAGCCUUCCCUGCCGUUCCCUCCCGGUUUUUGGGGGGGCUAUUCCGGGAUGUGCUGCCCUCCCGGUGCUCCCCACCCGCAGGGAUUCCGGCCCUCAGCCGGGCACGGGGCCGGGGCGGGUUGGGAUCAGCUUGGGCCGCUCGCAACCAUUUUUGUAUAAAUUAAUAAAGGAAAACACUGGGAAAAAAAAA